GUUAUCUUGAUAGUUUUGAACCCUCUAAAAAGAGGUUCAAAUUUUUCCUACAGGGAAAGUAGUUCCAAUAAUGCAAGAGAAAAGUAUUUUUUAAGAAGGCACAUUCUCAGUUUUUAAAAAGGUUUGACUUAAAUAGAAAAUAUUGUCUUGAAAGCUUCUAACAGUCGAUCCUCUCUAAUCUAGUUUUAUUUGAGAAAGCAUCUAGAAUAAUAUAUACGAGUAAAGUCAUUAAUGGAAUCAGACAGCAUUGCAGGUACUCUCGUCAAAGGCUCCCUUACUUUUCUCUUCAUUGCUUAUGCACGGAUGAGAAUAGCAUUAUAUAUCUAAGUAUACAUACAGGUCUCUGCCUUGCCUUCUGACUAGAUAUUAAUCGAUGAAGUGGCUCUGACGAAGGCUAUUAGCAGAAACAGAAGAAAAGAGUGCCUUGGCUAUAGUGAAAUCUUCCUCGCUCAUUCUAUUGAGUCAUUUGAUUGGCUCAGCGGAAUGAGCGUUAGUUUGUCGACGCAGUUCGUGUGCGGCCAUGAGCAGAAAAAUACAACUGGACAGUAGUUUCGUGGAAAAAAAUUACCUCCUGUCAGCCAUUGCCUUGCGAUUCGAUUAAAUGUACAAUAAUCAAGGUUUUCGCUUUUAAGCAAAUUAUAUUGAUAAGUUGAUAGUUAUGCUGUAUUAACAUUAGAUCACUUUUGUACAGAUUCAAGACAAUAGAUCGUCAUGAAUAACCCUCUUAUCAAGUUGCACACUAUGACUAGCCCUAUCUUCAAAAAUUGUUCAAGGAGCUAAAUCUUCAAUAAAACAAUUUUGACUUAUCUGGAAAAUUGCUGAGUAAAGGAGGAGGUCAACUAAGAAUGUGACAUAAAGGUUUGUUUAAGUAAAGGGUAGGUCAACUAGGAAUGCGAAAAGAAUAAAGGGUAGCUACUUGGCCUGUUACAAUAGGAAACAAUACUAAUUCUCCAGACAUAUGUAAUGGCACAAUGGGCAAUAAAGUAUGAAACAAUUCUACCCAUUGAAUGCCCACACCCGAAGACAGAUAAAUUUAGACGCUGCUUUUCAGUCAUGUAAUGACAGAUUGGAACGCAGAUCUAUCAAGGACAUUGCUAUAACACACUGACAGACGGUUACUUCAUACAAGAUGUCUUGUAUAGGAAAAAGUGUACUUGUGAAACUUAAGCACAUGAUCCUAUGUGCAGGGCUGAUGUCUUUGUAUUUCAGUUUGAUAUUUGUAGUCAUGAUUGUCAACGAGUGGAAAAUCACGAAAAGGACCAGCGACGUCGAUAUCGAAGAUCCAAGCUUACGAAUUACAACCCCCGUCACUGAACCUUUUAAUACAGUCACAACCCCCGAUACACCUGAGUCGCAUUUAUCUACAACAAUCACAACCCCCGUCACUGAACCUUUUAAUACAGUCACAACCCCCGAUACACCUGAGUCGCAUUUAUCUACAACAAUCACAACCCCCGUCACUGAACCUUUUCACACAGUCACAACCCCCGAUACACCUGAGUCGCAUUUAUCUACAACAAUCACAGCCCCCGUCACUGAACCUUUUCACACAGUCACAACCCCCGAUACACCUGAGUCGCAUUUAUCUACAACAAUCACAACCCCCGUCACUGAACCUUUUCAUACAGUCACAACCCCCGAUACACCUGAGUCGCAUUUAUCUACAACAAUUACAACCCCCGUCACUGAAUCUUUUAAUACAGUCACAACCCCCGAUACACCUGAGUCGCAUUUAUCUACAACAAAGAUCAAGACUGGAGGCUUGACAAAAGCCAAAACAACGACAACAACAGCUGCAGUCACUUUCACAAACAGCACAAGCCUGUUUGGUGGCAAUGCAACGACUCCUAAUGCCACUCCUUUUGCUCGAUUAUCAAACAGAACAGCAAACUUUACAGCAUCUGUAACCACAACAGCAGCAACAAACAAUACAAUAGCAGCGACUACAAAAGAAGCUGUCAUGACGACAAAGCAAGCCACGACAAGAGCGACAACAACAACGGCAUUGGCCACCACCGAGAGACAAACCACUACUCAAUUGACCGAAACGAUAUCUACAACAAAAUUUGUCGAGGCGACCACAAAAGCAGCAACAACAACUCAAAAAACAACCAAGGAAACAACAUUAAAAACAACAACCACUGCACCAACAACAACAGCAAUCCCAACAAAUUCAACUGUUCAAUCGACAACAGCAGGUCCUCACGAUUGCAAAACAACCGUUAAAGGAAUGGGGUAUCGUGGAUAUAUUUCUCAAACAAGAACUGGGAAAGAUUGCCAAAGAUGGGAUCAGCAAUACCCGCACACACAUCGGUUGAGUCCAACGAAGUACCCUACUCUUGGCCUUGACAGCAACUACUGCAGGAACCCAGAUGGAGAGCCAUUUGGCCCAUGGUGUUAUUCUUUAGAUCCUGCUGUACGCUGGGAGUACUGCCAAGUUCCAAUGUGUAGCUAGCCCUGCAGCCCUAUGCAUUCAAGAGACGACAGAAGCACUUCUUGAAACGCAUAGAAUUUCAAGACAUGUAUUUAAACAUAUAGGGACAGUGCCAAAGCAACCUCAAAGUGUCUCAAUAUUGAAAACUACCAAUUAAAUCCUAUUUCAGACUCCCUAAUUAUUAUUUUCAAGCCUUUCGUGUUUAGAAAUUGCAAGGUGAAUGCAAAGAAGAUCGUCGUAUCGUAAGAAAACGCCUAGAUAAGAUUAAGUGAAAAUGCUAUUAAAGGGCGUGUGUCGUGAACAUGAUUGGCUAAUGCAAUACAAUUAUCUUUUCUGUAUAGUACAAGGCAUGGAAUCGAGGGUGAAUUUUUACGGCAGUACAGUUUAAGAAGAAGAAAUGAAAAGUCACGAAACAAUGGAAUUCCACUCCAAACGCUUUUGUUUUAUUAGCCAAAAGUUUAUGCGAUGUAUGCCCUUUAAAAACAGAAUAGUUUUAUUUUACUGUUGAUUUUACUAUUCCGUUUGCGUCUCUUGUUCACAUUU